CCCAAGACAGCCGUGCGAGGCAGGCGCUACCCACAGCUAUAGCCGAGGUCGUACGCGAGGACAAUACCAACAACGACUCCAAGUAUGAGUAGUAGGUAGUAAUGUCAACAGGAAAGAUGGCGACGCGCGCUGUGUGAUGGAGUCAUUGUCGGCUGCUCGUGCAGUUGCUAUUGCUGGUGUUACGGUUACAGCUAUUGAGUGUUGUUGAUGGUUCUUGGCCCUAGAGUGAUCGUCGGACUUUUUCAUCACAAAUUUGUCGCUUUUAGACGAUUUCAGACCUUUAGUUAGUGGCGGCCCCUAUCAGAUAGCGGUGUGUUUUUGUUCGCGGCGCGUCUCAUCGGAGCCCAUACGCCGAAAUUCAUCCCCCCACAUUUCAUUCGCUUGCAAGCAGCAAAAGCGACAGCAGUUGCUAGCGAAUUUGUUAUUGUGGAGACGUAGCUGGGCGAAACCGUCUCUCGUCACGAACUACGGCCACAACUGCUCGUUACCAACUCCAAUUGGUCCCUGUUGCUAUUUGCGCUGUUGCGGCUUAUGGUAGUAUGACUGAUACAAAUAUCGUUACCCUUACGAAUCCUGCAGCUGCUGAUGUUGUUACUCUCAAGUAAGGAAAAGUGGUAGUUGAGACUAGCACUCAUCGAAGAGUGGAUUUGUCUUCGGAAGAGCGCCUUUGAGCUGAACGGGGAGAGUGGAGCGCCAUGCGUGGUGCUGUAUCGUAUUACGACUGCAAUUGGCGUAAUUAUUCGGGUUUUCGCUGUCACCGUUACCCGUAGUUGAAUACAGGGAGGCAUCUUAUUUCGCCGGGGAAGGGGGUAGGGAUUUGCUCAUUAGAACAAGUGCGAUAGCAAAAAGACGAAAAAGAAUCGUUUUUAUUUGUUGUCUCGAGAGACGGGCGGCGCACGAGAACGCCAGCAGCAAACCAAGAAGUGGUUACCGCUGCUGCCGCCGCGGAAUCCAAUUGUGUGUGUGUUUAUUAUUGAGCGAGACAAAGAUAUUAAAGUGUGUUUAAUCAAAGUAAAGUGUGGCUAAAAUAGGAGCGAAACACAGGUGCGAUGGACGAGGCGGCGAUAGCCCGCAAGCUAACGUCGAUUGAUCUGUCGCAGGAGUGCGUUGAGACCCUGUCAUUGUGGGUUCUCCAUCACAAACAACACAGUGAUCUCAUCGCGCAUGUAUGGAUCAAAUGCCUCCGAAAAGCUACGGUGCAAAAUCGUCUGGCAUUGCUUUACCUCUGCAACGACGUCCUACAACGGUGUCGAAAAGACAAACCGCAAUUUCUUGCGUCAUUCCGAGAAGUUCUAAUCGACGCAGGGCCAUUGCUCACCGAUCCGAAGACCCGGAAAAACGUGCAACGUGUGUUCAAUAUCUGGAAGGAGCGAAAGGUUUACGAUGAGGCGUUCAUUCGGCAGCUGCAGGACGGUGAUAGUGGUAGCGGGAGCAGUUGCACUAAAAAGCAAGCAGUAGUCGCGCGGAGUCCUUCACCCCCACCUCCUCGAACACCUUCGCCGCCACCGCCGGAGGUGCCAUCCCCAACUGAUGAUGAAGUUAUCGAUUUUGAGCCCACUCGACUCGUUGAACAGGUGAAGAAGGUUCGCAAGCUUGAGCUGGAUGUUGGCGUCAAGAUGGGGUCUUUGUCGGCUACAAAGUUGGACAUCUCAAAAAGCGACGUGUUAGCUGAGUGUAAAGAUCGGAGGCACUGCGAGCAGUUCGAAAAAGAUUUUGAUGAAGGCAUCAGAUGCUUACAAGGAUACGUUACGGCCCUGGAGAAGAGUUUGUCGGAGCGGCGCGAGUUAGCGCAGCUGCUAAACGACGGAAGUCGUUAUUAUGCCCACCAAUUGUCAGACGUCCAAUUAGUGACGGAAGCAUAUAGAAGUUUCGCGUCUCGAGUUCGAGGGGUGAAAGAGGGUCUGGGAAGAUUUCGUAUUCCGACACCACCUCCUUUGCCCGAUGAGUGUCCUUCACCGACUGAUAGCGAAAUGGAUAUGAUCAUGUCGCCUCAUCGCUCCACACCGCCGCCUCCGCCGCCGCCCCCCCCACCAACAGCAACAGCUCUAUCGUCGCAUGAAUCCAUCGGACGACGAGAGAAGCAGGAGCCAAGUUCAUCAUCAUCAUCAUCGAGUUCGAUCCAUCGCCGAGACCGAAGUCGGUCCCCGCCUCCGCCGUUAAAUGACGCAUCACUGACGAAGGAGUUCAAUUUCAAUCCAAGAAUGAACUCAGGCGCGUCGUUUAUGAACCACCGUGAUCCUCAAUUUUUGAGCAAACUAAAAGAAAGCUUAUCGAGGGAUUCGAGAAUCUCGCAGGAAUCGCGAGACUCACGAGACUCGCGGGAUUCAAGAGAUUCACGAGACAGUGAAGAUAUGGGCGGGACGCCUGUUAGAGAUGAAGAUCGAUCGUCCACACCUGGUACACCUGUAACCUCGGAACCGAGUCGACUGCCUCCGCAAAUGGCUAGCAAUAGCAGUUUGUCGGCAAUACCUGGCCUCGGAGGUUCUCCAAUGGGGUCGGGAACGCCUAGCAGCACGGGUGUGCCGCUUUCUCCGGGUGUGUCAGUUCGGACACCGCCGCCUCCACCUCUGACACCGCUAGCGCCGCCCCCGAUGCCGACCGGCCUUUUGGCUCCGCCGCCAAUCCCGCCACCGCCCCCACCCACUUUUCUAGGUGUUACCUCUUCGUUUGCAAGUGCUGCUUCAACAUUGUCAACCCUUACGCCCGCUACUGAAAUCGGCCAACAGGACGAAAUCGAAGAAGUCGAUAUGGAGAUUGAUGACGAUUCCGACCAGGAAACCAAGUACGAUAGCUCACGGCCUUCUCCAGCACAGUCUCCUACAGAACCUGUAGGGACCAAUGCCACCUCCGCUGACUCAGGUAGAUCCCCUGUACAGGAUAAUGAAGGGGGUAGUCACGAGAACUCCCGUGAUAAUUCGGACGAUCUUACGGAUCUCGCUGACCGCAUGACAGGAAAUGCCCAAACAAAUAGUAGCGGCUCAUCGGAUCCCAUCGAAGUGUCCGCAGCAAAGGAUGUUGAUCUUCGGAUUCGGCCGGGUCAAUUUCCGUGCGUACCAUUUCCUCUCGCGUCGACAUCGACGGGCUUGGCUCCAUUGGUGGUGGGAGAUGUCGACGAACGUAUUCCACCCCCGCAUAUGUUCAGACCUAGUGGAAAUGCUCGCUUGGGAAAUACAGCUCGCGGUUCACGAGUAGCGUUUCCACCAAGUUUAGCAAGCGUUUCUACAGAUUUAGGAUUCUCCGAAUCGGGGGAUCGUGUAUUCGGGCAUGGUCAGCAGGGUUUUGCUCCUGGAUUUGGGCCUGCUGUUCAUCCAGGAACUACGCCUCCGGAUACACCUAGUGGGCUAGAUCGGUUGGCUUCGCCCGUUACUCCCUCUUCGUUUUUGAAACAGCAUACAGAUUCCAGUAGCCCUCCAUCUUAUGCCCCAACACCUGUCGGAGAUCAACGUCGAUCUUCAGGCCAAAAGUCCACUGAAAAAUCAACAGCGGCCAGCGAUUCGCGACCUAACCCGGACGAUGGGGCGAUCAACAUUGAUGACCUUCUCCGAAAGCUGGCUCCAACACUACGACAACAAUCAACAAGUGCUAACUCGGAUACUGCAUCGCCUUUUAUUCAGGAAUGCACAAACGCAAGAAAGAAGGGCAUUAAAGACGUCGAGCAGAAGGAGACGGAAGCUUACUCUCCUGGCGACAACGAGGGGGGGACAGCAUAUGAUCCUGAGGAUGAAACGGACCCGUAUGAUCCUGAGGAUAAUUUCGUGCUUGUGGAACCAGCCCGAGUAAUUUACUCUCCGCCAAAGGAUGUUCCGAUUACAUCAAGCUCGACACACGAUCUGACUGCAAAUUCGGUUGUGUCCCAAAACAGUCAGCCAAGCUCAUCGCAGUCUGCAAUGCCAAAUACGGUGCGAACUACCACCACAUCGAAAGUUACGACAAUAAGCCCGUUGUCACCAGAUCGGCCACUCAUGGUUUCGGCCGUGCGUCCCCUUAAUCGGAGGGCUCCCGGCACUCGACUUAACGACGAGGUUGCCUAUCUAAGUGAUCCACGCGCGCCAGCUAUCGAUAGCGCUGAAGUAGCGUUCCUUACAGACCCUCGAGCUAGUGGGUCCACAGCAAGCUGCGGGGAUGCAUUGAAACCGAAGGUCGAAGUCGAAUACUUGACAGAUCCUCGUGCUGAGCCCCGAACUAUUUUGGAACCCCACGCGGUGACCCCUGAAAAACGCCGAGACACGAAGGAAGUGUUUGAUUAUGCCCACCGCAAUAAUGUGCAACCUGGGGUCUCCGUCGUGAGGCCGGUAACGCCAGCCAAGCACACAGGGCCGUUGAGCAGGCUUGCUGAUCGACGAGAAGCUAUUAUCGAGCCGUAUUAUGGAGAGCGACGGAGCCCAACGAGCACACAGAAGCCGGUAAGGACUGCUUCCAUGGCAACAGCGGCAUCCCAACACCACCAUAGCAGUGGUACGCAUGGGCACGUUGAUGCACGAAACAAUUCUGCUAAAGACAGUUACGAGCACCGCACGUCAGCUCAUGCGUUCAAGCAGCAGACAAACAACAAGAACAACAACAACAACAACAACAACAACAACAACAACAACAACAACAACAACAACAACAAUAGCACCCAGUAUGCGAGAGGACACUUGUCUUCAGCUUCGAAGAGCUUUGACAAGCGGCCUGUGUGUGGACUCGAACCGACAACUCCACAUCAUCACCUCAACAACCACAACCGGCGAGACGGUAGUUAUCGUGGGGAUAGGAAGGAUAAUAUGCGACAACAGCAACAACGGUCAAUUCCCGAAGAUCAACCGGAACGCGGUCUAGUGGAUGAGAGGAGAUCACCUCCAGCCCAUGUCAGAGAUGGCAGCCAUGGACGUCCAGAUGGAAAUCGGCAUAGCAGUGUCCGGGGAGGCCGAGGCCGUGGUGCAGGCGACAGUUCUCGAGGCGGUCGCAGUGGGCUUCGUCAGCAAACGAUGGGACGUGGGUGGGGUGCUAGCCUCUAUCGUGAGGAGAAGGUGUUCGGUUAUCAACAUGAUAAAGUCGAUUAUUUAAAGUUGCCCUCAGCACGGAAAAAGCCGCCCCAAACAAGAAUGGCGAACCGCCAGCCGGGAAUACCGACAACGCCCCCCGUAAUUAAAAACAGUGGCAAUACGAUUACAGGAACUGGUGGGAAGCCUGCAGCCGCCGGCGAAAAACAUCAGACCAGCCCUCUAAAACUAAUGCACGCAGCAAUGAUGAACGAACAGCGCGAGAAAACUGAGAAGAAGGACCAGGAACAAGGUGAUACAGGAACAACAGUUAGUGAUAAAAUUUCAUCUGGUGACGACAGUAGAACCGCGCACGAAGGACACGAACUCGCUGUGGUUGGUGCGCUUGAGCAAAACGUAGUGACCUUGGAGAUAAGCGACUUGGAAAGCGGAGGUUACGAGGAUGACCCGAUGCUAGCUGGAUCAGGAGAACUGACGAUUGAUCCGUACGGAGCAGGCGAUCACGUAACCUUCGAUACCUCAAGUUCGUUUGUUAUCAAGGACUUCUCUGAGGAGGGUGAACAAGGAGCGCUGCCGCUAAUCGAGAUCGGGGAUCCGGACGACAGCGAACUCUGGAACGAUGCCGGGGCCAUUCUCGAUAUUGACGACGGUUACGGGGGCGGCGGUGACUCAAAGUCAAUAGCGAAUCUUCUAUCCGAUGAGCCAUCUGCUGUUAUCACAACCGACUGUCCGAACAGAGGUUCAACUAGCUCUGCUAGAGGCGGGAAGGCCCCGCAAGGAGGCCUGCGUGGCGGCGCCGUUGCCACCUCGGUUGGUACCCGGCGUAGUUCGUGUAGGGAUCGUGGAGCAUUUGACGAGUUCUUCUAAGUUAGGUCCUGCAAGGUCCACGAAGGGUACAACAAGUACUAUCACGAUUACUGGUAUGAUUAGUGCUUCAUCGUAAGUAAGUCAAAAAGUUCCUGGUCGCGCGCGUAAUCAGUUCCAGAGCUGCGGACAGGAGAUUUAGAUGGUGAUUUACGAAAAUUCAUGUGAACGCUGUAAAAGCUGACCAACAAAACAAGGUAUUAAUUAAAUGCUAAAUAUAGUUUUUCGAGAAGUAUCGAAACGAGUAUAAAAGGAAGAAAGAAAAAGUCUAUUGCAAUGGUCGACGGACAUCGAGAGGUCAUUGCGGUUUUUGCAAUCGGCAGAUAUAAACGAAAUGCAGAAGGUAGCAGGUGAAAGCGAACAUACUCCAGCAGCAGCAGCAGCAGCAGCAGCAGCAGCAGCACAGCAGCAGCAGCGGCAAAACCGAUCUGAAUGUUUAUCAGAUUGAUAAAAAAAUUGACUAAUUUGUUACUGGUCACGUGGUGAAACAUACUGUUAGUAAUUGAUGGUUCUGCUUUAUUAGAUGAAUGGAGAAUCUGGACGCAGCCUAUUUGUCUACUGUACUAUACUGAUUUUUAUAGGAGAGUUUAAAUGCUAAACACUACGUAGCCAGUAGUUAUUACCAUAUAAAUGCGGCUAGCCUCAUAAUGACUGCAAAUAUGAAAACUAGAGCACUUGAUGAAUGGAAUACUUUACUUUUGACAGAUGCACCGAUUUAAUAGGUGGCAUGCCAGUUUUCGUUUGACCAGAGCACAAAAACAUUGAAUGUGUUAUUACAACAAAAAUAGAUCUGUGAAAGCAAGUGGGUAGAGAAGGUAAUAUGUUAAUUAACAACGAAUACGUAACUACAAGAUGCACACAGACGCACGAGAUAUAGCUGAGCUGUACUUUAGUUUGGUUUCUUCAUGCUAUAAACAAAAGAAAAUAACGACCAUACGAAGGAGCUGAAAAAGUGUACAAACGGGAGCUACAAGGGUUCGUAGCAGCAAUAUUUAACGACAUCAAAGAACAUCCAAUACAAGAAUUAUCAAAGCACACGAUUUUACGUUCUGUAAUGUUGUGCUAGCAGAGUGCUGCUCUUAUCAUGAGCAAGAUACCCGCUCCAUUUAAUGCUAAAAUUCAUUAUAUAAAACAUUAAAUGUAGAUCACUCUAUCACUGUCAGUAUACCAUCACUAUUACUGUGAACUUAAUACAUUCAAACGAAAUCUUGUAACUCAAUCAUUGGGUUGGACUACUAGCAUGAAUGACAAUUGUGCAUGGUAAUAAAGCCUUUAUAUUAUUAUGAUUACCAUCAUGUUACUAUUAUGUAUUGAUUAAGAGGGAUAAGUCCUGGAAUCUUGCGACAUAACUUUCCAGGGGCAAAAUGUUCAUAGCCGAUUUAAACAUACGUCUAGAUGAGCUUAGAUUUGUUUCGUUUUGAUUUUCGGCGCCAUAACUGCUCGGAGAACUUGUCAAUGCUGUUACAUAAUGCCAAUCAACGGUGUGUUAGCCUAAAAUUUAGGAAGCUCUGUUCCCUGAAACGUUCCCAGGCUGGCACAUAAGUCAUCUGAGUUUGAUAACUGAGUUUGAGUGGGAGCUUGUAUUUUUAGUGAUGAAAUAGUGUAAGAAUUGAAUGUGAAAUCGAUGGUCGAUUUAGUGAACUCUAUUGCAUAACGUAUUGCCUGUUGUAGAAUGCAAAUGUAUCUAUUAUCUUUAUUUAUCUAUAGAUUCUAUCUGUAUAUGUACGGGCGUUGGUCUGUAGAUCUGCAGAGGUCAUGCUGAACAUUCAACAAUACGGACUGCUUAUCACUGCUUGGUUUCAAAGAUGGUCGUUUCCAAGGGUAGUCUAAAGCUGGUGCUGAAAUCCAAUUGUUUGUGCUCGGCUACGGUUCACUACGAAAAGAUAAUUCGAAUUCAAUGAACAAGUGUCUAUUACAUCGGGGUACGAACAUCUUCAUUUGAGACUGAAUUUUCGUACAAGUCGAUCAUUUUUGUACAGUAUAUCGAAGGCGAAGAACGUAAAAAUUUACAAUUGUUGCAGUGGCAGAUAUUGUAAAAGAACGUGGUUAUACGAGAAAAACUUGUUCAACUUUUACGCUUACCGCGUCGAGUAGAAGUAAUCAAAUCUCAAAAGAUUUAUGGUAAAGGGGUGCUGCGAGUAAGUCGACAUAUAUAAUCAGUGAUGAAUGAAGCAUGCAUUUGAAGAUGAUGAAGGUCAUCAUUCCAAGUGCUUUUCUUUGUAUAUUUGUACAGUUAUUACCUUCCGACGGAAGAGUGAAAUGAGAUUCGUAAUGCAGAGUGUAGGUAGCUUAACGAAAGAACACGUGCGAGUGUGAUGUAAUAAAGAAAACGAGAGAGAGAGAGAGAGAGAGAGAGAGAGAGAGCGAGAGAGAGAGAGAGCGAGAGCGAGAGAGGGAGAGAGAGAGAGCGCGAGCAAAUAUCUAUUAUAAACUAUUCUAGUGUUUAGGGAGGAGUCUGUGAGAUCAUCCGAUAAACCCGAUAAUUGAAGUUUUGAUUCAAUUAUCGAAAAAAUGGCUGAUAAUUGUGUAUGUUAUAGUUGUUUUGCAGUAAAUAAAGACUCCUUUACAUGAUAA